AUGUCGCAUGACUCCACGGCUUCUCCAGGCGUGGUGCACGGAGCACCCGCAGCAGACCUGGCGGAAUCUAACACGCAGAUUCCCGGGCCCAAGCCCAGGGCUACGGGUUCAGAGUCUUUGGGAGGUGGGGCAGGCAGGAAUCUGCAUUGUCGGAGAGUUUGGGGCAUUUCUGAGAAGUUUGCAGUUGGGGACUCCUGCCUGCCUACUCGAUGCUUUCUCACAACGGGCCACACACAGCCGCACAAAGCAGCCUGUUUCCGGGCUCCGACUGCGGCCGUUGGAAGGUUUAUUCUAUGGGCGCGGCUCUGCCUCCCUGAGGCUGCACUCUCGGUCUUGCCUCUUCGCAAUGACGGAAUCCUUUUAACCCUCUUCUACAGGCGACCUCGCAGUCUUCAAGUACCUGUGGCAUCCUCGCCGUCUAAGCCCCGCUUCGAGUCGCGAGGUCGCGCGGCCGGUGCAGGGCAAAUCCGGACCCGGAGCCCCGCGAGCGCACGGGUGGCUCUGCUGCCCCCUGGCCGUGCCGGGCGGAACUGCAGCGCACGGAGGCGGCGCGCGGCGGAGCGGGAAAGGCGCGCCCGCCCGGGGGGCCGAGGGAGUUGCUGUCUCGCUGAGCGCGAGAGACCUGCGGCGGGCGGGCGAGAGCGUGCAAGCAGCGGGAGGAGAGGAGUGGAAAGAGCCCCACAGGCCGAGCCCGGACCCGCGCCGCGCCCCGCGGAUGGACGAGAUUCUUCAAGAUUCAUAGGGGACGAAAGCAUGUGCUCCACUGAAGUCUCCAGGAACAGAUGUUUGCAUUAUUACACUGUGACAUGGACCAAUGCAGAUCAUUUCCACAAAACUGCUUUGGACUUAACAUUUUGGGUCGUCGCUAUCAUCAUUUGCCGUGUUUCAAAGGAAGUGUGUAAACCCAUGGCAACCCCGCGGGACUUUUGUCAGUGAGUAAGAACCAUGCCAGGCAGACUGGAGAAGGCAUUUCAUCGGUGCAUUUCUACAAUUGCCGGCAGUGAUGAGUCACAGCUCUGAGGAGUGCCCUAAUUUUGAAGGACCUGAGGUUCUGGACCCGAAUGAAUCAUGUGGAUAAACAGUGCGUGGCUCAGGAAGACCCCAGGGCAGAGCAAGGGUAGACAGUAUCCUGCCCUCUGUUGGCUGUAUUUGGCUCCUGCUCCUUCCUUAUUAAUCUGUUGUAUAUG